AUUUUAUUACAACAAGAAAACUUCUCUUUCCAACUCAUCAUUAGUUCUCACUGUUCUCCCUUCCCUAGCCAUAAAUAAGCACAACAAAAGAAGAAAUUGAAACUAUACCAUUAAUUCAUAAUCUUUGCUUCUUGGUGUUUCCUGAUGGCAGAUCCAAGUUUCUUUGUUGGAGUCAUAGGUAACAUCAUCUCAAUUCUCAUGUUUCUUUCUCCAGUACCAACAUUUUGGAGAAUAAUAAAGCAUAGAUCUACAGAAGAUUUUUCAUGUUUUCCUUACAUAUGCACAUUGCUUAACUCUUCAUUGUGGACUUACUAUGGAAUAAUAAAGGAUGGAGAAUACCUUGUGGCCACUGUUAAUGGCUUUGGCAUUGUGGUGGAGAUAAUCUACAUUCUUCUAUUUCUCAUAUAUGCACCCCCAAAAAUAAGGGUUAAGACUGCAAUUAUAGGUGGAAUUUUGGAUGUGGUAAUCUUGGCAGCAGCAGUGGUUACUACUCAAUUAGCAUUGGAAGGAGAUGCUCGUAGUGGUGCUGUUGGUAUCAUGGGUGCUGCCUUGAAUAUUCUCAUGUAUGCUUCACCUCUCGCCGUCAUGAAAACGGUGGUGAAGACAAAAAGUGUGGAAUAUUUGCCAUUCCUCCUUUCGUUUUUCUUCUUCAUAAAUGGUGGCGUUUGGUUGUUGUACGCCUUUCUUGUUCGUGAUUUAAUUCUUGGGGUCCCAAACGGUACAGGAUUUGUACUUGGAGCUAUGCAGUUAGUGUUGUAUGCAGUGUACAGAAAUGGAAAACAAUCAAAGAAUAUUUCAGACAAAUUGGAAGAAGGAUGGCAACAUGAGCCUCUCAUCCUCAAGUGAAGAGUUGAAUUAAUGAUAGGGAUAUUAAACAAGUCUAUUUAGUAAUUUUGCUAUUAAGUUUCAAAGUUAUGCUAGUUAGCUAGUGAAUGAAUUUUAAAUUUUUUUAGAAGAUAAAACUAUAGGGAAUAAUAAAAUGUUUCAAAAUAUUCGUGAUUGAUUGAUGUUUUUGCUCUUCAAAUUUGUAAAAAAGAAACAAUAUGGUUAUUAAUUUAAUGAACCUUUUAUAUGCCCAAA